GAGAGCACAGAAACUAUAGAAUUUGGACUCAUCUUUUCUCUCUCUCUUCUACCUCUCACUAUAACCCAACAAUGAAUAAUAAAAAAUAAAAAUAAUUCAUAAAAAACUUUGAACAGAUACCAUCAUCAUUCAUCAUCAUCACCACAAUUCCAAGGUGGGUUUUGCUUCAUUUUUCAUCUACAUCACUAAAAGAAGAAGAAAAUCAUACCAUUCAUGCUCAAUUUUACAGCAACUUGGUUUUUUUGGUUGAAUAUCAUGUUAAGCAGCAUGGAAAUUGAGGACAUGGUGAUGUAUGUGGAGUAGAGUAGUGUUUUGUAUAAAAUGAGAAGGGAACAACAAGAGGGAUGUCGAGCUUCGAUUCACAAUUGCCAUAUUCCAAUGCAAGCUAUACAGAGGGAGGCACGGUUGAUUCUUUUCAUGUGUCUGACUUUGAUCAAUCAGUUGGAUAUUGCUUAGAGGACGCUGUUGGCUUGACCGGAAUGAUAAGUGGGCGUGUUGCUCGAGCGGGGGGCGAAGCCUCCUGUGGUGCGCUUCAGAGUCCAUUAACAAACGAUACACAGCUACAAAGCUUACAAGUACGAAAGGCUCAAUCAUCAAAUCUAGUCACAAUAUUAAUUGGUAAUACAGAAAAUCAGGAAGAGUUUGCCAUGGCUGAAGGAAGUCCUAUAACUGAUAUUUCUACUGAUGGUGACACCGAUGAUAAGAAUCAACGGUUUGAUAGAAGUCGGUCCCUUGCUGCAAUGGCUUCUGACUCCGGUGACAGAUCAAAGAAUAAAUCAGAUCAAAAGACUCUCCGCAGGCUUGCUCAGAAUCGUGAGGCUGCAAGAAAAAGCCGGUUGAGAAAGAAAGCUUAUGUCCAACAGUUGGAAAGUAGCCGUUUGAAGUUCACUCAACUGGAGCAAGAGCUUCAGCGAGCUCGGCAACAGGGAAUCUUUAUAUCAAGCUCAGGCGAUCAAGCACACUCAAUGAGUGGAAAUGGGGCCAUGGCAUUUGAUGUAGAAUAUGCAAGGUGGCUGGAAGAGCAGAAUCGACAAAUUAAUGAGCUAAGAGGAGCUGUAAAUUCUCAUGCGAGCGAAACAGAACUUCACAUGAUAAUGGAUGGUAUAUUGGCACAUUAUGAUGAGAUAUUUAGACUUAAGGGCAUUGCAGCUAAGGCUGAUGUCUUCCAUUUGUUGUCUGGCAUGUGGAAAACACCAGCUGAGAGGUGUUUUCUAUGGCUUGGUGGUUUUCGAUCGUCUGAACUCCUCAAGCUUCUGAUAAAUCAAUUGGAACCUCUCACAGAUCAGCAGCUAGUAGGCAUUACAAACUUGCAACAAUCUUCGCAAGAGGCGGAAGACGCAUUGUCUCAGGGCAUGGAAGCAUUGCAACAGUCCCUUUCUGAGACAUUAACUACUGGACCACUUGGGUCCUCUAGUUCAUCAGGGAAUGUGGCAAAUUACAUGGGUCAGAUGGCUAUGGCCAUGGGUAAGCUAGGGACACUUGAGGGGUUUAUUCGACAGGCCGACAACUUGCGGCAACAAACACUGCAACAAAUUCACCGCAUAUUGACCACUCGCCAGUCAGCUCGCGCGCUCCUUGCAAUUCACGACUACUUUUCCAGAUUGCGUGCUCUUAGCUCCCUUUGGCUUGCGCGUCCAAGAGAAUGAACAAUGAAGGGUAGUACAAAUAAAAAGACUGUCUAAUUCAUCUUCAUAGGUUUUACUCUGAAUUUAAUUGUGUUGUUGUUUUCAUAUCAGAUAUUAAGGUUCAUCAAGUUACAUAAUAUUAUGGAUCUUGUUUAUUACUAAUAAUAUUGUACAUUAAGCAAGUCAUUAGGCUCAAAUGGUUAAUGAACUUCAGUUAAAGACGAAUAAUUCAGGAGAAUCUGAGUUUAAAUCCUAUCUAAAACAA